AUGUCAGAUAUUAUUGAAGCUUUACUUGAAGUGUCAAAUAAGGAUGAUGAUUCUAAAAUAAGAAGUGAAGCUAAAUCUUUAGCAACACAUAAACUUAGUGAUUUUGAGUUUAUAGUAUCUAUAAUUAUAUGGUUUGACAUAUUAUCUGCAAUUAAUUUGGUUAGCAAGCUCUUACAGUCAAAUGAUAUGCUUAUUGAUGUUGCUAUGUCAAAAAUAAAAGAAUUAAUUUCUUUUUUUAAGGAAUAUAGAAAAACUGGUUUUAAGAAGACCUUGGAUGAUGCUACAGAAGUUGCCAUUGAAUUGAAUAUUGACCCGGUAUUUCCUCAAAGGCGCAUAAUUCGAAGAAAAAUGCAGUUUGAUGAGGAUUUGAAUACCCCGUCAGUUGAGCAAUCUGAAGAAGAAUUUUUUAGAGUUAAUUACUUUCUUUGCCUUGUUGAUCAAGCUAUUGUAUCUCAUAAUAAGAGAUUUGAACAAUUCCAACAAUAUGAAGCUGUUUUUGGUUUUUUGUUUACUUUGACAAGUUAA